CUGGAAUCGCCUUAUCAGGUGACAACAGUAUGCUUUAAUGAUACUGGCGAACAAGUGAUUUCCGGUGGUAUUGACAAUGAAAUAAAAAUUUGGGACGUACGCAAGCAACAACAGGUGAUGCAUAGAUUAAGAGGACACACCGACACUAUUACAGGCGUGUCUUUGUCACCAGAUGGUUCAUAUUUGCUAUCCAAUUCCGUGGAUAACACUUUACGAAUAUGGGAUAUUCGUCCAUAUGCGCCGGGCGAGCGUUGUGUAAAAAUCUUCCAAGGCCAUCAACACAACUUCGAAAAAAAUCUUUUACGCUGCUCUUGGUCUCCAGAUGGCAGUAAAAUAUCUGCUGGUUCUGCUGAUCGCCAUGUUUACAUUUGGGACACAACAAGCAGGCGUAUAUUAUACAAAUUGCCUGGUCACAAUGGUAGUGUUAAUGAUGUAGAUUUUCAUCCAAAAGAGCCAGUGAUGUUAUCUGCUUCAAGUGAUAAAACUUUGUAUCUGGGUGAAAUCGAAGAUUAGACUUAUGUAUAUGUAUUAUCGGAAUAUUAAACUGAAAAACAAGGUUAUAAAUAUUAACUAUUCUAACAUUUACAAACUCCUUUUAAUGCGGUAUCACAAGUCACUUUCAAUAAUAAAAAAUAGAGCAUUUCAUUAAAAACUCGUAAACGCCUCGUAAACUCACUUAUUUUGUAUGGUUUAUUUACGAGGUUUACGUGCAUACGAGGCAUUUACGCGUUUACACAAAUACCCAUAAUGAAUUAAAUCCAGAUAUGUGCACGAAUCUUAACCAAUUACAAUUCACAGAAAUUUAAUAAAA